AUGUGCUAUUCUUCUAAAUGUGGGGGACAUUUUGCCUCUAAAAAGAUUACUACAAUAAAAAAAAAAGAGAGGCUUUUAUUGGUCAAUUAUUUUUUGAGAUGCUUAUAAUUUAUGUAGGUCAUGUACAACAUGUCAAGCUGCUAUGGACAUCUUUAAGAAAGAUGCAAUGCUACUUCAGCCAAUUCUAGAAGUAGAAAUUUUUGAUUAAUGAGAAAUUGAUUUUAUGGGUCUGUUUUCUCAUUCUACGGAUUAUGAAUACAUUCCUUUGACUAUGGACUGUGUUUCAAAAUGAGUAGAAGCCAUACCCACUAGAACAAAUGACCACAAGAUUAUUCUGAAAUUUAUUAUUCAGAAUAUAAUCUCCCGAUUAGUUGUCCUCAUGCCAUCAUUAGCGAUGGGGGGUUUCACUUUAAUAAUAGUCAUUUUAGGAAUUUACUUAAAAAGUAUGGUGUCCAACAUAGGAUCACUACCCCAUAUCACCGCCAAGUAAAUGACCAAGUAGAACUCAUCAAUAAGGAGAUUUUUUGUUUUUUUUAAAGAUUUUAAAGAUUAGGCAAUAAAAUUACUUGAUGCAUUGUGGGCCUAUAUAACAGUUUAUAAAAACCCUAUUGGCAUGUCUCUUUAUUGUCUUAUUUAUAGUAAAUCUUGCCAUCUACCAGUUGAACUUGAACAAUGUGCUUAUUGGGCUAUCAAAUAACUUAAUUUGUCUUUAGACAAUGUAGGGAAACAUUGUUUUCUUAAAAUGCAAGAACUUUAAGAGCUACGCAAUGAAGCCUAUAAGAAUUCUCACAUUUACAAAGCCAAACUCAAAGCUUUUCAUGAAAAGAACUUAAGUCAUAAAUCAUUUUGUGAAAAUUAAAAGGUUUGGUUAUAUAACUCACGAUUAAAAUUAUUCUUCAGUAAACUCAAAUCUCUUUGAAAUUGCCCCUAAAUUAUUGUGCAGAUCUCUAAUUAUGGAGCUAUUUUAAUUUCAGAUUCUAAAAUAGGGAGAACCUUCAAAGUUAAUGGCCAGCAUCUUAAAUCAUACCUUGAGCACAACUUGUCAGAAGUUGUGAUCUCCAUGAGUCUUUCUCAGCCUUCCAUUUUAGCAACAGCUGCUGACUAUUGUAGCACAAAUUUCGUGUUUUAUUUUGAUUGUUUCUUUCUAUUUUUCCUUUUUCUUAUGUAGCAUUUGCUAAGCUGUUUUCUUUUUACUUCUUUCUUUUACAAAUGUCACUAUAGUAAGCUAAUGUGUAUCUUCCUCAACCAUCAAUAUGGGUUUUGUAUCUUUCACCCCUCAUUUUAUUUCUCUUUCUUUCAAAAUGCAUUGAGGACACUACAUGAUUUUGCUUGGGGGAAGGGGGAGGUCACAAUGCUAAAAGUAAGAAAAUGUACGAGUUUAUCAUGUUUAAUAUAUUUCAAAACUCCCUUAAAUUAGAGCACAACUUUGAAUUUUGUAUUUUGGUAGAUAGAAAAAAUACUGCCAUGAUCAUGAAUUAUCAUAUGGAUCAAAUUUCAUUGAUUACUAGCAAAAUUUCAUGUUGACAUAUCUCUAUAUUAGAUUUAACAUAAUAAAUUGUAUCCUUUCUUACCAAACCAAAACAUAGUUAAACUACAUUAGAGCUAGUUAAAGUAUCUUUGAAUCAUUAGUUAUUGCUGCAUCAAAAUGUAAAGUUUGACUAUAGUGAAGACUAGACCAGCUAAAAAAAACAAAGAUAAAGAAAAAUUGCCACAACAAGAAAGUAGAUAAAUACUAUUCAAGUAAGAAAAAAGCUGAUUGCCACAUUAAUGAAAGCACCUUUACUGAUUCCGUGGGGCUUCCACAUGUGAGAUUAGAAUCAGCAAGGCUUGCAAAAUACUUACAUGUUCCUCAACCAUGUAGAGUGAAGCCCGAAAAUAUGCACAACAAAGAGGGCUUUCUCAAUUGUCCUGUGGAAAUUCCACGUGAGGCUAGGACAAAAAGAAAAAAGUCAUGGAAAAGCUACCUACAUGAGAUAAAAAAAUAGAAAAGCAAGCUGGUAGAAUUGAAGCUACAAGUCAAACUUUUGUGCAUUUAAGCCAAGCAUGACAAAGAUUCAAAGAACAAAAGCUGGUCUUGAGACAAAAUAAAUUAGUGAGAAAUGGACGUAUGAAAAUUCUAAUCUCUGUCUAAUGAAGACUUAGAGAUGUCUAAAUAUGAAAUGAGUUAGUUUUUCAUUGAGUUUUUCUGAAGUACAUGUUCAUGAUUAUGUAGGUAAUGAUGAAGAUGAACACAACAAAAUCAUAGCAACACAAUCAUUUUUAAUCUAUUGUUAAGGGACUAGUAAUCAGAAAAAUUAAGAAGUGUGAUAACGCAUAAAUAAUGUGUUGGAAUAUACCUUAACUUAGUUAAUUUUAUUUUUCUAUAAUAUUAUUAAUAUAUUGUUCACAUUGAUUGUUAUGAUUUGUAACAUAUUUUAAGGUGUUGACAAGAGGAAGAGAAAACUCUAGAAUUGAUGUAUUGAAGAAGAAGAGUACAUGAGGUUAUAUAAAAUAAGGAAAGAAGGAGAGAGAAGGAGAAGUGGAGAUUGUGGAAGAAGAAUAGAAACAUUAAGAGAAUAAGUUUAAAAUAGAUUUAGUGGGCCCAAUUGGCCUAUUUUAACACUCUCUCUCAAGUUGGAGCAUACAAGUCAAAUAUGCCUAUUUUGGUACACAUCACGUCAUAAGAGAUCUUCAUAAGACUUUUGGUGAAGAUGUUUGUGAGCUGAUGAAAUGAGACAACGUGCAAAGUAAAGAUAACACAUGGCAUUACCUUAUCUUGAAUGCUAUGACAAUUAAUCUCGAUGUGUUUCAUCUACUCAUGAAACUUAGGAUUCCUAAUAAUGAAGAUGACAGUUUGAUUAUCACAAUACAUAGAUAUUGACGUAAGAGAUGGGAUGCCAAGUUCUUCAAAGAGUGAAUUUAGCUACAUCAUCUCUCACAUCAUCUCAGUUAUGACACAAUACUCAAACUCAACACUAGAGCAAGAUACUACCUUCUACUUUUUGUAGCAUCACAUGAUAAGAUUGCUACUCACGUAUGUGUAAUAACUAGUGAUAGACUUACAAUCUCUCUUGUCACUAGUAUAUCCUACAUUCUAGAAGGUUUCAAUCUGAAGAUGUCUAUAUCUUUGAUAGAUAAGUCCUCUCCCAAGAGCUCUUUUGAUAUAUACUAGAAUCUAUAAAGCUCCCUCUUAGUGAAUUUGUUGAGGUUUGAUAAGUCUUCAUUAUCAUGAGUUAAUAAUUAGUAAAUAAUAUAGUUUUAGUCUUAACUCAUGAUAAAUAUACUUAUAUUUGUGUUAAAUUAUGAAAAGUAUUUUUCCAAUUGAUUAAUGUAAAUUUUUGACUCACUAUGUGAUUUUCUAUAAAUUUAUAUAACUUUUAUAGUCUUAUUUUUGAGAUAAAUAAAGAAAAAGAAAUAAAAAUAAAAAUAUAACAAAAAUGAGGGACUCAUCAGCCAAUGGGGCCUACAAGUGGUCAGAAGCACAAUCAGGGGGAGCCACAAUUAGGGGCUCGAGCGACUAGAAUCGAUAGGGGCAUGUGUGCGCCACUCUCCUUCUACGUCACUGUGGCUAAUUGGCUAUGGGAUAAGGAGUGGUCGUACAUAUGGUAGAAAAGAGCUCAUUACUUGUAAAUAUGAUAUUAUUAUAUAUUCACUUAAAACUUUGGCACGCAAGUGAUGUGGGACUAAAUCAAUAUCAUACCUUCUCCCCAAAGACUUCAAAGAUUUUUAAUACAUAAAAUACCUUUUAGUUAUAACAUAGAUAUACCAUGAUGAAGUCACUUGAUAAGGGUAUUAGAGUACUUAUUUUAAUCUCUCUCAUAUAGGUAGACAACCGACAUAAGUUCAAAUCCUCCCAAAGUUAAAACUCAUAUUUUUAUUUGAUUAUCGUGACUUUCCUACAGAUCGUCGAUAAAGAAUCAAACCGUCAAAAUCACUAGACCAUCAACGAAAAUCUCAUCAACGUGACUCGCAAAACAUUGUUACCAAAAUUGCCGAAUUAUUCGCAAUAAAAGGAUUGCAAAUCUAUCAAGUAAAUCAUCUCCGAUUGAUCGACGAAUAAGCCAUCGUCAAGAAAAAGACGAUCCGCCAGGAGAUGAGUCGCCACCUCUUGAAAACGUACCGAAUGUAAUGAAGAGCCUCCUUGACGUGACUCACUCAUUAUAUAUAAAAUCACGUAAAUUUCAAAUUUAUAAAACUAGAAAAUAUAAUUUUUUAGAUAUUUAGAAGUAUUUCUGAAGAAAUAUAUCAAUUAUAUUUCAAUAAAACUUCCAAAAAUAGUUGUAAUUUUUUAAGUCGAUCAUAAGGAUGUAAUAUAAUAUCUGGUAAUUAUUCAGAAUUUUCCUCAAAGAAUACUAUUUUCUAUAAAUUUUCUACUAAGAAAUAAAAAUAUAAUAUAUUUAAAAUUCACAAAAAAGGAAAAUAAGGGUGUAGACAUCUGGAUGACAUCAACACCCAGUGAACGCGAAUCGAAUAGAAAUAGAGUUUCACUUGGCAAUUCUUACGUAAGUGAUUAUAGAUGAUUUAAUUGAUCAAAUUAAGAUCUGUAUAAGUUAGAAGAAUCAUAAUUGAAUGAAGUAUAUAUUGAUAAAUUUAAAUCACAUAAAUUAUUACUAAAUGAAGCAAAAAAUAAGUUGAAAGUAGGAAAAUAGAGUUCCAAUGUCGCGGCAGUGAUGCACCAGAAUCCUGAACGUUCGGGAGGAUCGUCAUGUAGUGUCCACAACUUCGAAGGCUCUCCUUGGACAAGGACGACGUUGGCAAUCUCUAGAUCUCCUUAUAAAGUCAGAGAUCAAGAAAAUGGGUCAUCGAAUCAUCUCCGAUAGUUGUCACCCGAUGGAGCAAAAAAAUGACGACUUUGCGGUUCUCUGGUGGCUGUCACCUGAUGGAGAGGAGUUAGAUGGAGGUGGGGUGUAUGUUAGGGAGCUUCAUCCUCAGGUCCACGCAGCAAGAGGAGGCUCUUCAUCGCAUCCAGUACACUCUCAAGAGGUGGCAACUCAUCUCUUGGCGGAUUGUCCUCUUCUCGAUGACUGCUUGUUCAUCGAUCAAUUAGAGAUACUUUACUCGAUAGAUUUGCAAUCUUUUUAUCGCGAAUCAUUUAGCAAUUUUAGUAACAAUGCUUUGUGAAUUGUGUUGAUGAGAUUUUCACCGAUGAUCCAGCGAUUCUAGUUGCUUAAUCCUUUAUCAGUGAUUUGCAGGAAAGUCACGAUAAUUAGGUAAAAAAUAUGAGUUUUGGCUUUGGGAGGAUUCAAAUCUAUGCUGGUUGCCCACCCUUUAUGGGGAAGGUGAGGUGGGUUUAGUCUCACAUUACUUGUGCACCGAAUUAAGGUGAAUAUAUAGUAAUAUUAUAUUUACAAGUAAGUCCCUUUCUCGUACGUGUACGACUACUCCUUACCCCACAACCAGCCGGCCACUAGUGACGUGGAAGGGUGGUGGUGCACAUGUGCCCUUAUCGGUCCAAGCCGCUCGAGCACCUACUUGUAGCUACUCCCCGACUAUGCUUCUAACUUACUUGCAGGCCUGGCUGGCUGGCAAAUCCCCCUCAUUUUAUUUUAUUUUUAUUUUUAUUUAUUUUUCUUCAUUUAUCUCAAAAGUAAGACUAUAAAAUUUAUAUAAAUUUAUAUAAAAUCACAUAAUUACCUAAAAAUUUAUGUUAAUCAAUUGAAAAUUACUUUUCACACUUUAACACAAAUAUAAGUUUAUUUAUCAUGAUUUAAGGCUAAAACUAUAUUAUUUACUAAUUAUUAACUCAUGAUAAUGAAGACUUACAUUAUUAACUAUAUUAUGUAAUGAAGAGCCUCCUCUUGCUACACAGACCUGAGGAUGAAAUUCUCUAACACACGCCCCACCUCCAUCAAACUCCUCUCUGUUGGGUGACAAUUGUCGAAGAUGAUUUGACAACCCAUUUGAUUGAUCUCUAGACUUCAUAAAGAGAUCUAGAGAAUGCCCACGUCAUUCUUGUCCAAGAAAAAUCUUCAAGGUUGUGGACACUACACGACAAUCUUCCUGAAUGCUCAAGAUUCUAGUGCAUCGUCGACGCAUCAUCACUACGAUGCUGGAACUCUAUUUUUUUGCUUUCAACUUAAUUUUUACCUUAAUUUAGUGAUAAUUUAUGUGAUUUAAAUUUACCAAGUUAUAAUUCAUUCUAUCACGAUUCUUCUAACUUUUAUAGAUCUUAAUUUGAUCACUUAAAUCAUUUGUAAUCACUUAUGCAUGAAUUGUCAAGCAAAACUCUAUUUCUACCUGAUUGACAUUUGUCAAGUGCUGACAUCAUCUUGACGUCCAUACCUUUAUUUCCCUUUUUUGUAAAUUUUAAAUAUAUUUUAUUUUUAUAUUUAGUAUAAAAUUCAUAAUAAAUCAUAUUCUUUGAGACAAUUUUUGAAUGAUUAUCAGAUAUUAUAUUAUAUUCCUAUGAUCGAGUAGAAAAUUACUACUAUUUUUAGAAGUUUUAUUAAAUUAUAAUUGAUAUAUUUAUUCAUAAAUACUUCUAAAUAUCUAAAAAUUAGUAUUUUCUAGUUUUAUAAAUUUUAAAUUUGUGUGAUUUACUAUACAACGACUAAAUCAUGUCAAGGUUCUUACAUGAACUAGUUAAGUACAUUAAUUGUGUACACAAAGUCAAGACAAGUGAUGGUGAGGUAGAUCAUCUUCCCUAACAAUUGUUUAUACCUAUUAACAUCCUCUAAGAGUGAAGAUGACAUAUCCCAGAAGUGCGGACAUACCUCUAUAGAUGACGACUCUAGUUUACACCCAAGUAACUCAAUCUCUUAAAAUAUAUUAAGAGCAUACCUUCAUUAAGAGAGUAAGUUUGUCAUCUUGAUAGGUGAACUUAAUCUCAAAAAGUAUUAUGAAACCCUCAGAUCUCGUAUACUGAAAUGUUGUUGCAAGUAUGAUUUAAUAGCUUGAAUGUAUACUUCAUCACUUCUUAUCACAAGAAAGUCAUCCACAUAAAUAAUUAAGAUGAUAAUACCAAAUUCAGUAAUCUUUGUAAGUAUUGUGGCAUCUGCAAGACAUGGUGAGAAUCCCAUUACAUUAGAAGACCACUAAACUUGAUAAAUUAGACAUGUGAACUUUGCUUAAGUCCGUAAAUGGUACAUUGUAAAAGAUACACCUUCAAUGACUCUCCUUGAGUAAUAUAUCUAAGAAGUUGCUCCAUAAAUACAUGCUCUUCAAGGUCACCAUAGAGAAAGAUGUUAGAAAUAUCCAACUAAUGUAAAGACUAUGUCUAAUUCACCGCCAAAAAGAGUAUCACUUAAAUAAAUUUGAGCUGAACAACUAGAGAGAACGUCUCAAUAUAGUUAAUGUCAUAAGCCUAUGUGAACCCACUAGCAAUUAAGUGAGUCUUGUGAUGUACAAUAGAUUUAUCUAGAUUAUACUUGAGUGUGAAAAUCAACUUGUAUGUGACGAUAUUAGCAUCACAUGGGCGAGAUACAAGUGUCCAAGUUCUCCCAGGUAUCAAGGCUUCCACCUCUAAGUUUAUGGCCGCCUUCCAUUCAAGUACCUAUACAACCUCAACAUACAAUUGUGGAAUUGACUUAGAGAUUACAAACAUAGCAAAAGUACAAAAUGAAGGAAAAAGAUAGUUGUAGGAACAAAGUAGAAAAUGAGAUGUUUGGUGCAUACACGUGUACCUUUGCAAAGAGCAAUAGAAAGAUAAAGAUCAUCCACCUAAGUGUUAGAAAAGAUGACUAGAGGAGGCUUGUUGGCAGAGGAUGAAGACAAAUCUGAUCCUAGAGUAAAGAAGUUAAAUGACAACAAAGCCAAAAGUGUCAAAGGAAGAAUUGAUGAGGAAAAAAUUAGACAAGUAGAAAGAAUAGAAGAUGGAUUUGUAAUAAUCACCACAAGAGGAAAACUAAGUAGUGAAGAUGUAGGAGUGACAUGACUCAGCCAUUGUAUAUUAAAUCACACAAAUAUUAAAUUUAUAAAACUAAAAAUACAAAUUUUUGAAUAUUUAGAAGUAUUUCUAAAUAAAUAUAUCAAUUAUAAUUCAAUAAAUCUUCCAAAAAUAGCGGUAAUUUUCUAAGUCAAUUACAGAGAUGUAAUAUAAUAUCUGGUAAUUAUUCAGAAUUUUUCUCAAUGAAAAUGAUUUUUUAUGAAUUUUAUACUAGGAAAUAAAAAGGAAAUAUAUUUAAAAUUCACAAAAAAGGGAAAUAAGGGUGUGGACUCGAGAUGACGUCAAUGCCUGGCGAAUGCAAAUUGAGCAGAAAUAGAGUUCUACCUAACGAUUCUUACGUAAUUGAUUACAAAUGAUUUAAUUGAUCAAAUUAAGAUCUGUAAAAACUAGAAGAAUCGUAAUAGAACAAAAUAUAGUUUGGUAAAUUAAAAUCACAAGAACUAUCACUAAAUGAAGCGUAAAUUAAGUUGAAAUCAGGAAAAUAGAAUUUCGGCAUCAUGAUGGUAAUGCGUCAUCGAUACAUCGGAAUCUUGAGUGUUCGGGAGGAUCGUCAUGUAGUGUCUAUGGCCUCGAAGGCUCUCCUUGGACAAAGAUGAUGUGGGCAAUCUCUAGAUCUUCUUGCAAAGUCUAGAGAUUAAUGAAAUAGAUUGUCAAAUUGUCUCCAGCGGCUGUCACCCGGUGGAGCGGAAAAAUAGCGACUUUGUGGCUCUCCGGCGGCUGUCACUUGACAGAGAGGAACUGGAUGGAGGUGGGGUGUGUGUCAAGGAGCUUCAUCCUCAAGUCCGCGUAGUAAGAGGAGUGACGUGACUUAGUCGUUGUAUAUUAAAUCACACAAAUAUAAAAUUUAUAAAACUAGAAAAUACGAAUUUUCAGAUAUUUAGAAGUAUUUCUAAAUAAAUAUAUCAAUUAUAAUUCAAUAAAACUUCCAAAAAUAGCAAUAAUUUCCCAGGUCAAUCAUAGAGAUGUAACAUAAUAUUUUGUAAUUAUUCAGAUUUGUUCUCAAUGAAUACGAUUUUCUAUGAAUUUUAUACUAGGAAAUGAAAAGGAAAUAUAAUUAAAAUUCAUGAAAAAAAAAGGAAAUAAGGGUGCAGACGUCAGGGUGAUGUCAGUGCCUGGCGAACGCGAAUCGGGUAGAAAUAGAGUUCCGCCCAACGAUUCUUACAUAAGCGAUUAUAGACAAUUUAAUUAAUCAAAUUAAGAUUUGUAAAAGCCAGAAGAAUCAUAAUUGAACAAAGUAUAGUUUGGUAAAUUAAAAUCACACAAAGUAUCACUAAAUGAAGUGUAAAUUAAAUUGAAAGCAGGAAAACAGAGUUCCGGCGUCGCAACAGCGAUGUGUCGACGAUGCAUCAGAAUCCUGAGCAUUUGGGAGGAUUGUCGUGUAGUGUCCACGGCCUCGAAGGCUCUCCUUGGACAAAGACGACAUGGGCAAUCUCUAGAUCUUCUCAUGAAGUCUAGAGAUCAAUGAAGUGGGUCAUCGAAUCAUCUUCGACAACUAUUAAUAAGUCUUCAUUAUCAUGAGUUAAUAAUUAGUAAAUAAUAUAGUUUUAGCCUUAACUCAUGAUAAAUAGACUUAUAUUUGUGUUAAAGAAUGAUUUUUGGUUUUCAAUUGAUUAACGUGAAUUUUUGGGUAAUUAUGUGAUUUUAUACAAUUUUUACAGUCUUACUUUUGAGAUAAAUGAAGAACAAGAAAUAAAAAUAAAAAUAUUGCAAAAAUGAGGGGACCCGCCGGCCAGCCGUGCCCGCGAGCGGGUCGGAAGCAUAGUCGGGGAGUAAGCCGCGAGCAGGGGCUCGAGCGGCUUGGCUUUGGGACCGACAGGCACGCGUACGCCACUCCCCUUCCAUGUCACCGGUGGCCAGCUGGCUGUGGGGCAAGGAGUGAUCGUACACGCGAGAGAAGGGACUUUGCUCACAAAGCUAACAUUACUAUAUAUUCGCCCGAAAACUCGGCGUACAACUGAUGUGGGACUAAACCCACACCUUCCUCAGAAGAGGCGGGGGCGACUGGCAUGGGUUCGAAUCCUCUCAGAGUCAAAAUUCAUAUAUUUUUAUCUAAUUAUCGCGACUUUCCUGUAGAUCGCCGGUGAAGGAUUAAGCAACGAGAAUCGUUGGAUCAUCGGUGAAAAUCUCGUCAACGCGAUUCGCAGAGCAUUGCUACUAAAAUUGUUGAACGAUUCGCGAUAAAAGGAUCACGAAUCCAUCGAGUAAAUCAUCUUCGAUUGAUCGACGAACAAGCCGUCGUCGAGAAGAGGACGAUCCGCCGGGAGAUCAGUCGCCACCUCCUGAGAGCGUAGCAGAUGUGAUGAAGAGCCUCCUCUUGCUGCGCAGACCUAAGGAUGAAGCUCCCUAACACGCGCCCCACCUCCAUCCAGCUCCUCUCCGUCGGGUGACAACCGCCGGAGAGCCGCAAAGUCGCCGUUUUUUUCUGCUCUGCCGGGUGACAGCCGCCGGAGACAAUUCGACGACUCACUUCAUUGAUCUCUAGACUUCGCGAGAAGAUCUAGAGAUUGCCCACGUCGUCUUUGUCCAAGGAGAGCCUUCGAGGCCGUGGUCAUUGCACGACGAUCCUCCCGAACGCUCAGGAUUCCGGUGCAUCGCCGAAGCAUUGCCGCCGCGACGCUGGAACUCUGUUUUCCUGCUUUCAAUUUAAUUUACGCUUUAUUUAGUGAUACUUUGUUUGAUUUUAAUUUACCAAACUAUACUUCAUUAAAUUAUGAUUCUUCUGGCUUUUACAGAUCUCAAUUUGAUUAAUUAAGUCGUCUGUAAUCGCUUACGUAAGAAUCGUCGGGCGGAACUCUAUUUCCGCUUGAUUUGCGUUUGCCGGGCGCUGAGGUCAUCCUGACGCCCGCACCCUUAUUUCCUCUUUUUUUCGUGAAUUUUAAAUAUAUUUCCUUUUUAUUUCCUAGUAUAAAAUUCGUAAGAAAAUUGUAAUCAUUGAGAAAAAUUCUAAAUAACUACCAAAUAUUAUAUUACAUCCCUGUGAUCGACCUGAAAAAUUAUUGUUCUUUUUGGAAUUUUUAUUGAAUUAUAAUUGAUAUAUUUAUUUAGAAAUACUUCUAAAUAUCCAAAAAAUCGUAUUUUCUAGUUUUAUAAAUUUUAUAUUUGCGUGAUUUAACAUACAACGACUGAGUCACGUCAGUUGUCACUCGGCAGAGUAGAAAAACGGUGACUUUGCGGCUCUCCAGCAGCUAUCACCCGACGGAGAGGAGCUGGAUGGAGGUGGGGCACGUGCCAGGGAGCUUCAUCCUCAGGUCCACGCAACAAGAGGAGGCUCUUCAUCGCAUCUGGUGGCGACUCGUCUCCCGGCGGAUCAUCCUCUUCCCGACAACGGCUUGUUCGUCGAUCAAUUGGAGAUGAUUUACUCGAUAGAUUCGCGAUCCUUUUAUCGCAAAUCAUUCAGUAAUUUCAGUAGCAAUGCUCCGCGAAUCAUCUUGAUGAGAUUUUUGCCGAUGAUCCAACGAUUCUCAUUACUUAAUCCUUCACCAGCGAUCUGCAGGAAAGUCGCGAUAAUCAGAUAAAAAUAUAUGAAUUUUGACUCUAGAAGGAUUCAAACCUGCGCCAGUCGCCUGCCUGUGAGGAAGGUGUGACGCAGGUUUAGUCCCACAUCGGUUGUGCGCUGAUUUUUCAGGCGAAUAUAUAGUAAUGUUAGCUUUGUAAGUAAAGUCCCUUCUCUCGCAUGUACGACCACUCCUUGCCCUACAGCCGGCUGGCCACCGGUGACGUGGAAGGGGAGUGACGCGCACAUGCCCCUAUCAGUCUAA